AUGGUGUUGAGAGUGUGUGUGUUUAUGUAUACUGUGUGUUCUCUCUCUCUCAUCAAUGUUCAAUUAGCUCUAUAUGAAGAAGGACCAACUUUAGCACUUCUGCCUUUACCAGCUGAGUUUCCGCAGUUUUCACAGAAAGCAUUUAACACCACGACAAUCAGAAUCGCCUUGAUUGUUGCAAACAAGGAAGUAUUGGUUGCCACUGCGCGUAUCCUACCUCACCAGAUUGAGCUGAUCAACUUGAAACUUCUAUAUGCCAACUUUAUAAAGAAUGGAUAUCGCGCGUCAUACUGGGAUCAAUUUUUUUCAGCGAGCCAGGCAUCGGUGAUUAACUCUUCACUGGUCAAUCACAAGAGUCGGUUUAGCCCUACUUUGGUAGGAUAUUACAAACUUCUAAACCUUGCUUGGACCUCAAGUGGCUUCCUUACCUCGCUAAGCAUCAUUACAAGGAUCCUUGGCAUCUACGUCAGUGAGUUCUCCGGGGAAAAGAAGCAUCCCAAUCUUACACUUAUCUUUGCUGUAGCCGCAGGAAGAAGUUGGUAUGCACCUCUUGAGAACAACUUCAAUGCUAAAGUUGCAGAUUUUGGCUUAGCCAAACAUGCUCCUGAAGGCAGGGGUAAUCACUUGUCUACCUGUGUCAUGGGCACAUUUGGGUAUGUAGCGCCAGAAUAUGCAAUGACGGGGCACCUACUCGUCAAGAGUGAUGUUUAUAGUUACGGCGUGGUCCUUCUCGAGUUGCUUUCUGGUAGAAAGCAUGUGGAUAUACAACCUUCAGGCCAAAAGAACCUCGUCACUUGGACGAGACCAGUUAUUAGAGACAAAGACCGGUUAGAGGAACUAGUUGAUUGAAGACUCGAAGGAAAAUACCCAAAAGAAGAUUUCGCAAGAGUGUGCACAAUUGCUGCAGCUUGUGUUGCACCUGAAGCUAGCCAAAGACCAACGAUGGGUGAAUUGGUUCAGUCCCUUAAAAUGGUUCAACGGGUUGUUGAGUAUCAAGAACCGGUUUUAAACGCUUCUAAUAAAGCUCGUCCUAACCGGAGACAGUCAUCAUCAGCUACGUUGGAGUCAGAAGUAGCUUCUUCUAUGUUCUCUGCUGGUCCCUACUCUGGUCUAAGUGGCUUCGAUCACGAAAAUGUUACACGAACAGCUGUUUUCUCUGAAGAUUUUAGGUGAAGAAAGAACCAUGGCAUGCCCUUCUGAUUCUUCCUGAUCUCACUUACAUUUAGUUAUUACAGCUCUUUGAAGUUUUUGAGUAUUAUUCCUUUCUUUGGAGGAAGAAAUUUUGUAGAUAUAUCAAAAUACAGAAACACAUAUAUCCCUAUAGUUUAAUUUAAGAAUUAGAGUUUAGUUUUGGAGGUGACGUUUAAGGAUUG